AAAAAUGUGAAAAGGACAUCUAUAAUGUUGGUGUAAAUAAUCAUUGCAAAUCAUUGGACAUUUUUCAUUUCUUAAUUUGGUAGUUAAAAAUAGACUAUUCGGUUUAUAUUAAAUCAUAUCUGUAUUGAGCUCUUAUUUGCCAAACGUCCAAACCAGAGUUAAACACCGUAAACAAAUCGGAACGGAAAGUAUUACGUAUUUAUUUAUUUACCAACUAUGAUAACAUCGUAAGGCAAUCGCAAUAUUCGCACAGUAGCAAGUGGUUGAUUUGUCAAAAUAUCAUACCCAUUGUGGAAGUAUUGCUGUUGCGGUCCUAAUCUUUUGAAAAUAUUCAUUAAUAUGAAGAGGCAGGACCGGCUUCAAAACCAAUUGAAGGCAAAACCUGAAAGUGGAACAUACUGGAAGGAAUUAAUAAUCAUUCCACUGGUUUUUCAAUAAUAAUUGACCAUGAAGUAAUUCAAGGAAACUACGUUGAGGUUAAUUGUGUAUCAUUCUUUUCAGCGUCAGGAAGUUUUAUUCAUUGAAAGUCUAAAAGAUAUUUCAAAUUUGGGAUUAGUUACCCAUUGACAUGGGGCAUAACACAUGUCUAUUUGGAGUACAAGCACAGUUUGCCUAGAUGUAGGGCUAGCAUCAUCAAAUAAAACCAAUAUAGGAACUAGCUUCAAAAGAUUACAUAGCAGAUCUGGACAUACGUUAAAUUGCAAGAAAAUGUCCAAUCCGGUCGAUGCCCUCCACACUCAACGCUACCUUUCCUGGCGGAAGUUGCACCUAUCUAGAGCCAAACUGAAGGCUUCGAGUAAGACAUCUGCUCUUCUCUCUGGUUUUGCUAUGGUUGCAAUGGUGGAACUGCAGAUCUCAAAUCCUGAGGAAAUUGACAGUGUAGUAAUUGUUUCGUUCGCCAUCAUCACCACCCUCUUGGUUGCUGUCCAUAUGUUAGCACUUAUGAUAAGUACAUGCAUAUUGCCGAAUAUCGAGGCAAUAUGCAGUUUGGAGUCCAUUAAUUUAGUGGAAGAGUCUCCACACGAACGACUACAUUGGUAUAUUGAAACUGCAUGGGCGUUUUCCACAUUAUUAGGACUUUUGCUAUUUUUAGCUGAAAUAGCUAUUUUGUGUUGGAUAAAGUUCACAGGGACCAAUAAAAGCGCAGCUUGGUCAGCGACUGUAAUCCUAGUGCCUGUACUAUUUGUAUUUUUAGCAUUUGCAGUACAUUUUUAUAGAUCACUUGUGGCUCAUAAAUAUGAGACAACCUUAUCUGGAAUAAGGGAGCUGGAAUUGUUGAAAGACCAGAUAGAACAAGGUGAUUUGGAUGGACAUAGAAACGGUGUUGGGGAAUUGAUACAGGGUAUGCAUAUUGUUUAGCAGUAGUGCUUAUGUUGCAUAUGGUUAUGUAUAAGUAUUUCUUGAGGAGAUUUAAUGAAUUCCUGAACUGUGAUUUCGAUAUUUUUUACAAAAGUUUUUUACUGCAGGUAUAUACUUAGCAAACAACAGUAAGUGCCUUAAAUUAGUUUAUUCGUCUAUAAUUUGAUUUCCCAAUUAUGAUGGUUUGUUCUUGGGAUUAGAUUUUGAUUCAUUCUAAUAUUGUAGAGGGUGUUUUUAUUAUUCAGUUCUAAUAGAAUUUACUACGUACAUCCAGUAUUUUCAAAAAUUCAGUUAUGGUUAUACAGUGUGACCAUCUGUGGAAUUUUUCACUAGGUAUACAUUCGAGAAGUCUACUAGAAUACCAAAUUUCAUAAAUGAAUCUUCAUUUUCAGUGUCACCUUCUUUUAUUUUCAAUGACAAGAAUAAAAAAAAUAUUAGCAUUCAAAAAAAUCUGAUCACACCACUAUAUUCAAGUAGAUAUGAAAUGGUUUAUAUCAAAAUUACUUCGAAAAGCAAUCAUCAUCAAAAAAGUUGUAAUAAAAUAAACGGUUAUAAAGGAAUGAACGAUAUGCAAUUUACUUAUCUUACCAAUACAAUUCUAGAACUUUCAUCAAUAAUCAGACUAUUUCUCCGGAUUCAGUGGUUUUCGAUUUAUCACUGUUCAGGAUUUCAUCAAAAUCAAUUCAUCAUCAAAAAUUAUAAAUAAAGUUUGAAAAAUAUAUCAUGAGCCAUUAAAA